AUGACAAAAUUUGAGAUGACCGAUCUUGGUCUCAUAACGUACUUCCUUGGCAUUGAGUUCCACAAGUUCAAAAAAGGGCUUCUCAUGCACCAAAGAAGAUAUGCGCUUGAAAUAUUGAAGAAGUUUGAAAUGGAGCAUUGUAAUGCUGUCAUUACUCCAGUUGAACAAAGGUUACAAUUGUCGAAGAAUGAGGAUGAGGAAGAUGUUGAUCCAACUCAGUAUAGGAGACUGAUUGGAUUCUUGCAUUAUUUCUGCAAUACACGAUCAAACUUGGUGUUUAGUGUCGGUAUUGUGAGUAGAUUCAUAGGGGGACCGAAGGUGUUUCACUUGGCAGCAUUCAAGAGGAAUAUAAGAUAUGUCAAGGGUUCUGUGGGUUGCGGAAUUCUCUUUCUCGCAACGGGUACGAGCAAAACAUGCAAUUUGCUCGGUUUUAUGGAUUCCAAUUGGUGCGUAGAUAAAGAUCAUUGA